AUGAUUUAUUUUAUUCUUAUCUUAUCCACUUUCCUUAAUUCCCAAUGCGUAUCGUAUGAUAAAAAAAUUGAUUUCUGGAUUGAGUUAGAAUUGAAGCGAUUAGAAUGGAUACGCGGUUGUCUUAAUACAGCAGACUGUAUAAAUCCUCGUAUUGUGAUAAGAAAAACAAAUCUUCUCAACAAUGAAGAGUUAUCUAUCAGUUGGAGGAUUACUGCAUAUACUGUUAAAGUAAGCCUUUCUCGAAAAAUCUCUGAACAACCCACUUUCAGUUAA